AUGGGCCCUACGAGAGUAUGGCGUAUGUCUUGGUUCCUUUAUAAAGGAGUGAAUCUCGCAUUUAUACCUGCUUCAACCUUACCUGCUAAGAUUCACCGUACUUGGUCACUGACGCUCCUCCAGUGUGGUCGUGGUUCUGUUGCCCGGUCAGUCUCAGUAGUAUUCACUUUUGAUAGCCCUAUGUCAGUUAAAAGGCACCCGAGUGUGUUGACACUUCUGAUGUCAUGUGCACUUUUGGCGGCUGCUCUCGCCACGACUCGGAAUUUCUACAAGAGACACGACAACAGCAGAAUGUAUGGAACUAUGGUAACAACUCUGAAGGGAGCGUCGGUGAUCCGGUGCAGCGCGGCGUGCGAAGCUGUCGUGGCUCCCUGCCGGGCCUUCAACUACGAGAAAGCGACCGACACGUGCAUUCUUUACUCAGCUUUCCGUUGGCUCUAUUUGGAUACAGCUUAUGAUGUUUAUUUUGACCGAGAUAUGUACCAGGACUAUGGAUUCUUGAAGUUCAGUGGACGUCUUGUGUAUUAUCUACCAACUGAAAGCUACAAUUACUGGUAUUCUAUAGAUGAUAUAUGUGCAAGUAUGUGGGGCAAACCUUUCGAGCCAAAGGACAUGCUCGACUGGCACUGGAUGAUAAUGGUUUUCGAGGAAAGAAAUUAUACCAAGAUGUACAUCCCAAUUCGGGAGUAUACCCCAAAUAGUGGUUACUACAUCUGGUAUUCUGGAAGUCAAGCCCCUGGGAACUUGAAUAUAACCAUAGAACACGAUGGCUACGAAGAGAUAAUGAUCACCUAUCCGGGCGGCGGGUACAGCUACGAUGAGUACAUUGACUGUGGAAUCUAUGACCCAUAUGCCAAUUCGACAAAGAAUGUCAUCAUAGUGGACUGCAUGCCCUCGAUCAUUAUGGGCUACAUAUGUGAGGCGGGCAUCCCUGAUCAGGAAGCCUAUGAUAUUCAUCCCUACAUAGAUCCCGUUGCUAACAAAUCGGUCGUGUAGAAAGUAGGGAGCUCUGUAUCGGCCUGUGAACGUGCUUGGAAGUAAUUGUUUUGAACAUAUUUUAUUGCAACUUAAUACGUGUCAGUGUUUGGAUAUGGCCAUUACUGGUAUUGCCUCAUAUCAUUUUUAUGUUGUUAUUGUUCAUCUAUGAAGGAUAUCUGCAUGUAAGACAGUGGUUCGUAACCUGGAGGGCAUCAGU